AACAUGAAAAUCCUCGUGGCCUUGGCAGUCUUUUUUCUCGUCUCCACUCAACUGUUUGCGGAAGAAAUCGGUGCCAACGAUGACCUAAAUUAUUGGUCCGACUGGUCCGACAGUGAUCAGAUCAAGGAAGAGCUGCCGGAGCCCUUUGAGCAUCUUCUGCAGAGAAUGGCCCGGAGACCCAAACCUCAGCAGUUCUUUGGAUUAAUGGGCAAACGGGAUGCUGAUUCCUCAAUUGAAAAACAAGUGGCCCUGUUAAAGGCUCUUUAUGGACAUGGCCAGAUCUCUCACAAAAGGCAUAAAACAGAUUCCUUUGUUGGACUAAUGGGCAAAAGAGCUUUAAAUUCUGUGGCUUAUGAAAGGAGUGCAAUGCAGAAUUAUGAAAGAAGACGUAAAUAAACUACCUACUGUAUUAUUUAUUCAGCUUCAUUUGUGUCAAUGGGCAAUGAACCGUAAAAUAAAAUAUGCACUAUAAGGAAUAAUUAUUUAUUUAAAAACAAUUGUUGUGAUGAGCUGAAAACUCAAAGUGUUUAUUUUUCAUAUUGUGCCAAUAUGUGUUGCAAACUUGUGUUGUGGUAGUUCUAACAUGAUGACUCCUUCAGAAGUAGAAAUCAGUGGUAAUUUCAAUGAGAUUGUAAAAUUCUGUCAAUGAUACAUUCUCCAAGGAAAGAACCCCACUGAAAAGACACAUCAGCUCCUGCUGAAAUGGAGAAAACCCUUGUACAGUCUGUGCUUCCCUGUUUGUUUUCAUGGUGAAAAUGUACUGAGACUGUGGUAUCAAACUGCAUUUGUGUCCUUGCAGCAUGUUUCAUGUUUUGUGACUAUAGAGAGAUGUUUUAAAAUUUUUUAAUGUGAUCCUAAGGUCUUCAUUCAUUAUAUGAUGUGUUGUGACAACUACAUUUUAAAUAAAAGAAAAAA